UCAUAGACUUUACCUCGGAGAAUGCAUAGUUUAAAGCAUCGGAUCUCAGAGGCGACCCCAACUUCGUCAACAACCGACCGCAAUGGGCAGCGAGCAGUCGACGCCCGCGUCGCCGGUCCCGGAAGAGGGCGAUGGCUCGAGCUCCGGCUUCCGCGUGCUUGGCAUCCAGGAGAACUCGCCCUCGUCGACGGUCGGCUUUGUCUCGUUCUUCGACUUCAUCGUGGCGGCGAAUGGCAUCCGAUUGGACACGAAGGACGCGACGUUCAUGGAGAUCAUUGCGCAGAGCGAAGACGUGCCCAUGAAGCUCUCGGUGUACAACGUCAAGUCGCAGACGACCCGCGAGCUCGAGAUGACACCGACGCGCCAGUGGCCUGGGAAGGGCAUGCUUGGCGUCACGAUCCGCUUCGACUCGUUUGAAGGCGCGGAAGACAACCUGCUCCACGUGCUCGAGGUGGCCGACAAGUCGCCGGCGCAGCUUGCGACGCUCGAGCCCGAGACUGACUUCCUCCUUGGCACGCACGAGCGCGUCUUUCGAGAUCCCGAGGACCUCUACGACGAGAUCUUGGACAGCCUCGACAAGCCUUUGCAGUGCUACGUCUACAGCGCCAAAACAGACCAAGUCCGGCUCGUCACGAUCGUACCCAACGACCGCUGGGGCGGCGAGGGCUUUGGUUUCCUUGGCGCCGAGGUCGGGCACGGGUACCUUCACCGUCUUCCCGCGAGCGUCCGCACUUCGAACGGCGAGUCAAUCGGCUUUGUCAACAUUGCGGCGCAUACAAAGGCUGCGACCGAUGUCUACGCCCGCGAGCUGCCUGCCGAGCCCGUCGCGCCGAUGACCGAAGACAUGGUCGGGGAGGAAGAGACACCUACCGCAGCACCCGCCGUGGUGGCCCCAUUCGCAGUGUGCGCGCCUGCCGAAGUGCUCUCGUCGGUGAGUGCGCCAUCGUCGACGUCAUCGUUGCCGUCGCCGCGGCUGCAAGUCGUGCCCAUCAAGGAAGCGCCCAAGUCCAACCCGGUGACGACGUCGCCGUUCCCACCCAUGGGCUUUCCGGGGUUUCCCAUGUCGACGGUCGAGACGUACAUCGACCCGAUGUCCCGCGACUAACCACCCUCCUCGUGCUGUUGACAACGCGUGUGUAUUGUGCUACGUCAAGUCUACUCGGCGGCUUCGAGCUGCUUGAGCAUGUCGAGAAUGGACUCGGCCGUCUUUUUGUUUUGGGGCACGCCCGUCCCC